GUCUCUUUGCCCUGCGAGGAUUCUGGCCAAGGGGUGGGAGUAACUUGUGUCCCUCUCCUACACCCAAAUGUAACUGGAGAAGGAAAGGACUGGAGAGAGGGACACAGCUAAAUGUCAGAUAAGUCAAUGCUCAUGGCACUGCAAAUAUACAUUAUAGAGACUUAUACUUUAGAAAUGUAAAAAUUAGGCCUUUUUCUUCAGCAGUUUAUUUUUGGCUUUGUAUUGUACAAUUACUGGAAGGACUUGGAGAUGAAAGCAAGGGGGCAAGUGACAUAAUAUAGGAGGGGAAGGUCACAGAAUCAAUUGCUUUUAAUGGUGCUUUCUAAAUUUAAUAAGAAACAUGGAGAAAAAGAGCUAUUUUUCUAUAAUGUGAACCAAGGAUAGGAGGAGGAGAUAGUCGAGUAUGGAGUUGUAAACAAGACGGGUAGAUCAGGAAGUAAGACAUUUCUAUGUUGUCCAGUGAAGAAUCUGCAGAUAGAGGUUCCAGCACAGAUCUGGAGCCAGACCUGCUGAAUUUCAAGAAAGGAUGGAUGUCCUUACUCGAUGGCAACGGAGAGUGGAAGAAACACUGGUUUGUUCUCACAGACUCCAGCCUCAAAUAUUACAGGGACUCUAAUGCUGAAGAGGCUGAUGAGCUGGAUGGUGAGAUCGAUCUUAGAACUUGCACUGACGUGCCUGAGUUCCCUGUACAAAGGAAUUAUGGCUUCCAGAUUCAUACAAAUGAAGGUGUGUUCACACUUUCCGCUAUGACUUCUGGCAUUCGCAGGAAUUGGAUUGAGGCUCUAAGAAAAAAUGUGCACCCAGUAAGCAUACCUGAUGUGACAAAACUGUCUGAAAGUAAUAAGGAAAAUACAUUUGUGCCUCCUCGUGCUACACCAAGGCCAGAAGAGCUGCGUCUGAGUUCAGAAGUAAGGCAGAGGAAAAUAGAGUUGGUAGGAUCGCGACAGGGCUCAUUUGACUAUGUAGAGUUAUCACCACUCUCCCCUGGGGAAGAGCGGGAUCAAAGAUUAGAGGAAAGGAAACGUUGGUUUGAAGCUACUCCAGGAGGCGACACACUGAACACUCGUCGAACUCUCACUACUCCAGUGACUGAAGAGCAGAAGCAGCGGCUCAAUGAUGACAUUGAAUCUAAAUGGAAAGAGCUGGAGCGGUUGCCAUUGCGGGAGACUAAACAGACUCCUCUUACUUGUUUGCUUGCAGGAAACAAAACCAAAGCUAUGGGAGAGAACACAUCAGCACUUGAAAAACAGAUACAGAGUUUAAAGAUGCAACUUGAGAAGGCAAGGAAAGAAAUAGAGUCUCAGAAAGGACAUGAAGGCACAGUUCCUGCGGGCUUAAUUUCUCAGGAAUCCUGUGAGCACAGUCUGUCUCAGAUGGAGUCUUUUCACAAGCAGCUCCUGUCUGAGCUUCAGAGACAUCACGAGUGGGAGAUUCAGAGACUGAAACAGGAGAAGGACCAGCUGUUAGCUGAGGAAGCCGCAGCCACAGCAUCUGUAAUUGAGGCAAUCAGAGCUGCCCACAAGGAAGAGCUGCAAAGAGAAGUGGAGAAGGCUCGUACAUUCCAACAUGGAGGAUCUACUGGAAAUGAAAUUAUUCGGCGGCAACACCAAUCUGAUAUGGAAGCUCUAAGACGGGAGCUGCAGACCCUGUCCGAACGUUACUCACAGAAGUGUCUGGAGAUUGGAGCACUGAAUCAAGCCGCUGCAGAGCGGGAGAGAGAACUACAGAGGUGCCAGCAGGAAGCGCAGGAACUGCUGAGGCAGAAUCAGGAAUUGAAUAAUCGUUUUUCAGAAGAGAUUGCAAAAUUGCGAACAUUCAUGUCUGGUAAUGGCCCAAACGAUGGACGGCUGCAAGUUGGCGAGAAAAACAGUACUGAGCUUGAGGUUUUACUGCGAGUAAAAGAAAACGAGCUGCAGUAUUUGCGAAAAGAGGUCUCCUGUUUACGUGAGGAUCUCCAGAACAUGCAGAAGGACAAGAGGUAUGCAUCCGAGAAGUACAAAGACAUUUAUGUGGAACUCAAUAAUAUCAAAUCCCGCUCAGAGCGUGAGAUUGACCAGCUAAAGGAACACUUGCGGCUCGCCAUGUCAGCACUGCGUGAAGAGGCUGCACUACGGAACAGUGUAGGAGAAUAGUGGAUGUUUAGAUGCCUUUUUUUCAUGGAGAUACGAAAAUCGUGUAUAUGCAGACACUGUGACGUCACUGCAUCUCUGGCUGCGCCACACAACUGCAUCAUUUUAUAUGUGAAUCACAGGAUUUUAUACAGUUUAUUAUUUUUAUUAUCAUACGAAGAUCCUCUUUGACGUGUCUUAAGACAGUAGCACAAGGUCAUAUAGCCCAAAAUCUGCAGCAUCAGUUUUGGGAUAUUUUAGUAUGUUUUACUGUUACGUAUGGCAGAAUGUAAAUGUUUGCUUUUAAAGACCAACUGUAUAUGUGGACAUGUAAGUGAUAUAAAUGCACUGGGAGCAAUUGUGGGAAGACAUAGUAGAGCACUGGGUGGAGCUGAGCUGUGCAGAAGCGAGUGCACUGAAUGUUGGGAAUGUAAACAAUGUCAGUAAUUUAACAGAGUGAAUACCAAUUGUAUACUAAGAGGUCAUUGAUCAGAUGACUGGCUAGAGAAAGGCCCUUUACAGACAUAUAAUAAACUGCUGGGGAGUGGUGUUAUGUUUGAUGAAAGACGUUUCAUUCCUCACAUGUAAGUACAGAGUAUUGUUCAGUUCAAAACUGAAUAUUGUACCAGUGAGGACUGGUUUGUAUGUCAGCAGUGUGACAGUGAUGUAUGUUUUAUGUAGAUCUCUUUUUCACAAGUGUGAACACAAACACAUUUAAAAUAAAAUAUUGUUACCGUUAGCAUUAAAUAAUUUGUAUACCGAA